AUGACACCUGUCUCGCAGGAGACAAUUCUGAAGGCUGGCAAACCCAUUACGGAAUACAUCAGAAAGAAAUAUGGCAAAACGGCACUCAACACCUUCAGGAGGACCGAGAAACUCUCCUUCCGCGAGAAGAAGCUACAGAAAGACAUCCGAUUCCUUAAACUAUGUAAAGACUAUCGUGUAAUCCCGAACUUUGUCAACUUCCGGGUUCACAAUCCUAUGUUUGUAUACACCGAAAUAUAUCGUUCAUGGUGCUUCCAACUCCUUAACCGUGAGAUUAAUAGACAAAUGAGAAAGGAGACUGCUACCAUUUUAACUGAAGAACAAAAAGAUGUACUAGCCUAUGGCUUAGAUUACUGCCUACCCCAAACCAAAAUUCCUUUUCAUAGAUUUUACCUGUAUUUUGAGAAACUUUGUAACACCAUAAAAAAUUGUGAUAUUUAUAACAACAACUUCAAUAAUGUAACAAAUAACAUCACAACUAUAGCCAGCACUUUUAGAAAAUUCUCGCAGCAGUCAAGGCAAACUCAUGAUUCUAAGGAUUUCUUGUCACCUUUACAAUCCCUACAAAAAGACAACACAAUAAUAAUUACCAAACCAGACAAAGGACGUGGAGUUGUUAUCUUAAACAAAUGUGACUAUAAACAAAAGAUGAUGGCUAUUCUCAAUGACCACACAAAAUUCAAACGAAUUACAGCUGAAGUUUCCACCCACUUACUAUACCUGGAAGACAAAUUAAAUAGAUUGCUUCGUACAAUUAAAUCCUCUAUCAGUGUUAAUACCUACAACCUUCUCAUGACUUCUGGCUCCAGACCUGGCACACUUUAUGGGCUGCCUAAAGUUCACAAGGCAAAUAUUCCCCUAAGACCCAUCAUUUCAUCAAUUGGCACUUUUAAUUAUAAUGUUGCAAAAUUUCUGGUCCCCAUCAUCGCUCCCAUAACUACUAAUCAAUAUACUAUUGAUAAUUCCACAUUUUUUGCCAAAGAAAUAACAUCACUGAACUUCCAACAACCCGUCAUAAUGGCGAGUUUUGAUGUUGAAUCACUAUUUACAAAUGUACCACUACAAGAGACCACAGAAUUAAUAACUAAAACCCUGGAAACCUACUCCCUGAACAAAUUUGGAUGA